GUAAACUUCAGUUUUCUGUGAAAAGGGGGAUUAUUAGGAGAGCGAAACGUGGCAGUUCGGUAGGAAGCUGGCUCUGGAAAGCUUGAAUGUGAAACGAAAAUGGGGGCUGAAAGGAGCUGUUCAACGUUUCACAAUUCGAACUAAAAGAAAUGGACUCAGUUGCUUUGCUACCCAGUACUGAUUUUCCGUCCCCAUGCAUUGAUGCGUUCCGCACAUUCUCACAACCACCACUUCGUCUUCUUCCCCAUUUCCAUCUCCCUCUCUCUCUUCGCCUGGCACUCUCACUCUUCUUCUUCUUCUUCUUCUUCUUCUUCUUCUUCUUCAUUCCAUGGCCAUCCCAACUGGGUGAGUGAAGUAACCCACAAAAAUUUCACCCCAAUUUAGGCGCCAGAGAUGAAUUUUCCCUCCUCUACUUGCUUGUUGGCGUUGCUCUGUUUCUGGGUUUGCUCGGAAGAUCUGGUUUCCGGUUUGAGCGAAGAUGGGUUGGCUCUUUUAUCCCUGUUAAACCGCUGGGAGAGCUCGUCCCUUCCUCAACCCAUUGUCUCCACAUGGAACGCUUCCGACGGAACUCCAUGUUCAUGGGCCGGCGUCGAAUGCCACAACCUCACUCGCCGUGUAAUCUCCCUCAAUCUCUCAAACUACUCGAUAUCCGGCGAAUUGGGCCCUGAAAUUGGAAGGCUUUCUCGGCUGGCCACCCUGGAUUUGAGCUCCAACGAAUUCUCCGGCGAAAUCCCCUGGCUCCUGGGGAACUGUGCUGGCCUCGAGCAUCUCAAUUUGGCUAACAAUGGGUUUACUGGCAGAAUCCCGGGAAGCUUCCGAAACUUGAGAAGAAUGAAAUCGUUGAGCUUCUUCUCCAACUCACUGAGUGGUGAAAUUCCCGAGUCAUUGUUUCAGAAUUUGCCUCUGCUGCAAUAUGGAUAUCUGCAUGAGAAUGCGUUCAAUGGUUCGAUUCCGGAGAGUGUUGGUAAGUUGAAUGAGACUGUUGAGCUUUGGUUGUAUGGGAAUGCUUUUUCUGGUUCAAUUCCUGAGUCUAUAGGGAAUUGCAGCAAAUUGCAGGUUCUUUACUUGCAAUGUAACCAGUUAAUUGGUUCCUUGCCUGGCAGCUUAGCUAAUCUUAGAGGACUUGUCAAAUUCUCUGCUGCUAAUAAUAGUUUAGAGGGCAGAAUUCCUUCAGGGUUUGGAAAUGUGAAGAAUCUGAGAUGUUUGGACUUAUCUUAUAAUACGUUUAGUGGAGGGAUUCCAGAGGAUUUAGGAAACUGCAGUAACUUAAAUACACUGUUCAUUGUCCAUUGUAAUUUGAAAGGCAGCAUUCCUUCAUCAUUGGGCCUUCUGGUCAAUCUCUCCCAUCUUGAUCUUUCCGAGAAUCAGUUGUCUGGGAAGAUUCCUUCUGAAUUAGGGAACUGCAAGUCAUUGACAAGAUUGAUGCUUUACUCGAACCAGCUCGAGGGGGAGAUACCGGGCGAGAUUGGGUUGCUACCUCAAUUGCUUGACCUUGAAUUGUUCAGCAACAAUCUGACUGGCGAGAUUCCCAUCACCAUUUGGAAAAAUCCGAGCCUCGAGUUCCUUCUAGUGUAUCAGAACCGUCUUUCUGGUGAACUACCUGUUGAGAUGACUGAGCUCAAGCAACUGAAGAACCUGUCUUUGUAUGAGAAUCAGUUCUCUGGUGUGAUACCACAGAGUUUGGGGAUCAACAGUAGCUUGUUGCAGUUGGACUUCACAAGUAAUCAGUUCACCGGUGAUAUUCCGCCAAAUCUUUGCUUUGGGAAGCAGCUCAGAGUUCUCAACAUGGGUAAGAAUCAGCUUAAGGGCAGUGUCCCUUCAGAUGUUGGCCAGUGCUCAACUUUACGGAGAAUGAUCCUUAGUCAGAACCACCUCUCGGGUCCUCUUCCGGACUUUGCAGAAAACUCGAGCCUUUCACGUGUGGACAUCAGUGGAAAUGACAUCAAUGGGUCUCUUCCUUGGAGCCUAAGGCACUGUGGUGACCUAACAUUUCUCGAUCUUUCCAUGAACAAGCUAACAGGGUCUAUCCCCAGUGAGAUUGGAGAUCUUGUUAAGCUUAACACUCUGGAUCUUUCACACAACCAGUUGGAAGGUUCAUUACCAUCUGAGCUUUCAAAUUGUUACCAGUUGGAGAAAUUUUAUGUGGGAUUCAACUCCCUAGCCGGUUCUAUUCCAACCGCUUUGAGAAACUGGACGAAUCUGGCAACAUUGGUCUUGAGUGAGAACCGGUUCACCGGUGGGAUUCCAUCAUUCUUAUCAAGCCUUGUGGAGCUCUCAGAGUUGGACCUUGGUGGAAAUUCUUUAGGAGGAGAGAUUCCUUCCUCACUUGGAUCUCUGCAGAAUCUUCGGUAUGGACUGAAUCUCAGCAGCAAUGGGUUAACCGGUUUGAUUCCAUCAUCACUAGGAAAGCUGAGCAUGCUGGAACAGCUGGACAUAGCAAACAACAAGCUAACAGGUUCUUUAGAGCCUUUGGAAAACAUCCAAACGCUCCUCCUCAUCAAUGUCUCAUACAACCUACUGUCAGGUCCAAUACCUGAGACUUUAUCUCGUUUCCUCAUCUCAUCUCCAUCUGCAUUCUUGGGCAACCCGAGUCUAUGCAUCGAUUGUCGUGGGAACCAGACCGACGAGGUUUGCACUUCGAACACUGGUUUCAAGCCAUGUCAAAGCAAGAGGAGAGGGCUUACCAUAGUGGAAGUUGCAGCCAUAUCACUUGCCACUACGGUCAUUGUUCUUUUGCUUCUUGGACUGCUCUGUUUGAUCAUCGCGUGGAGACCCAAGAGGUACCAUGAGAUGGCUGCUGCCGGGCUGGAGGGCCUACCGUUGCUUCUCAAAAAGGUUAUGGAAGCUACUGAGGAUCUGAAUGAGAAGCAUAUUAUAGGAAGGGGAGGUCAUGGAACUGUGUACAAAGUUCCAAUGGACAAUGGGGAGAUCUUUGCCGUGAAGAAAGUCAACUUUGCAGGCCAUAGAGGCGAGAGCAGAAGCAUGAUGAGAGAGAUCAAGACAAUUGGCAACAUUCGGCAUAGGAAUCUCAUCAAGCUGGAAGAUUUCUGGUUAAGGAAGGACUAUGGGCUGCUUCUUUACAAUUACAUGGAGAAUGGGAGCCUUCAUGAUGUUCUUCAUGGCAACUUCGAUGAAACUAUAGAAUGGGCUGUGAGGUUUAGGAUAGCCCUUGGAACUGCUCAUGCUUUGGAGUACCUGCAUAAUGACUGCAACCCUCCAAUAGUACAUUGUGAUAUCAAGCCACAGAAUAUUCUUCUGGAUUCCGACAUGGAGCCUCACAUUUCUGAUUUCGGCAUAGCAAAGCUCCUCGAUCACUCAUCUGGGGUCUCGACACAGUCGAUGAUGGUUGAUGGAACCAUAGGAUACAUGGCUCCAGAAAUGGCAUUUGCAACGAGCAAGAACAAGGCAUCAGAUGUUUACAGCUACGGGGUCGUGCUGCUCGAACUGAUCACAGGGAAGGAGGCCGUGGAUCCAUCUUUUUCAGAAGGAAUCGACAUCGUGACAUGGGUUCGAUCCACUUGGGAUGCCGACCAUGACGUGAAGACCAUAGCUGAUCCCAGGCUUGCUGAUGCAGAUCAAGAACUGUUCCUCGAUUCAAGUGUGACGGAACAUGUAGCGAGAAUGGUGAUGGUUGCUCUGAGAUGUACAGAGAAAGAGCCCAACAAGAGACCCACAAUGAGAGAUGCAGUGAAGGAACUGUUAGGUCCUAAUGUUCCCUUAACAAAAGCAAAUGCAGGUAGCUGCUGACACUGCCUGCUCCAGUGAUUUCCUUGAACAGUGAGAUUAGUUAGUGGCACAUUUUGUAGCUUCUUUGAUGAAUGUUUAGGAGAGGGGAAAAAAAAGCUGAUCAUGCAGUUCUCAUUGGUUGCUGAUUACUUAUCAUUUGAGAUUUGACAAACAUGAUCAAAACCAAAACAACAUUAGUUCAUAGUCACUAGCAAAUUAUGUAUUCAAUACAUAGUUUGUUACAAGUCACAUUUGACGAAUCUACCGCUACAACUGAUAGAUCGACUGACGAGAUGAGGACUACUUCCACCAGUACUCUUUCAUUUCACCUGCUGCUGCUACUGGUUUCGGAGAUCUUGUGGGCCUCUGAUCAUCUUCAUAUUUCUACUGCAUCAGCUGCCAAAAAGGCAUAAGCCCACCAGUCUGGAGUGGCAUCGGUGUUACCAAAUAGAAAGAAUCAUCAGCUGCAUACCACAAAGAGCUGGCAGUUCAUGGGACUUGAAGAUAGCCAUGGACGAGUGCCACGAGACUCCUUCUGGAAUGCAGCUAGAUUUGGUGAAGGUCUGAUCAUCGCCAACAGCGAUACAGGCGUGUGCCUUGUUGAUCGGAGCAAGAUACUUCAACAAGGCACACGCAGCUGAAAACAAAGUAGAACCAAUGGACAACUCUGCCAUGGAUACCAAUGUAAGUACACCUGCAUUCCCAGCUGAAGCCACCACUGGCCUUACACUCUUACACGCUAACGCACAAUCAAUUCUGUUCAACAUA